AUGGAGGGGGAAGCGAAAUAUUUCUUAGGAAUGUGGUUCGAAAAUAUAUUGCAAAACAAUCCGACCGCGAAGACGAUAUGGAAACUAGUUCAGUCAUUGGACAACCGAGAAGAUCUGUUACGACCACUAUCACUUUCAGGACAUUUAAGUAGAUGGUUACGGAAUUUGAUUCCUUGUCGAGUUUUUUUUCAUGGAUUAUGGGAUAUAAAAUUGGAGGCGGACUUGGACUUUCCAAAGAAGAAACUACGAGUUCUCUGGUUUUCUCCUCCUGAUGUUCACGUCCCUAAUUGCACGGUCACGUUGGAGAUAGUAAAGGAGAAGGUGGAUAAGGUCAAGCGGUUCUUUCAAGUAACUUUGGGAUCUUUAAUAUGGGGAGAAGCCUACAUGGGACUCGCCUUCAAGCAACUUGCAAAGGCCCACUGGAUCAAAGCAUUUGUUGGCAUCCCCGGCAAUUAUUAG